GGCGCGGGAAAGGCCGGCUCGCCGCGUGGGGGGCGCGGGCACCGGGCGGCGGCUUGCGAGUGGCGUCUCGGGCCCGGGCGGUCAGGAUGAGCGGGGUGCGCGCGAGGCCGCGGGGCGGAGCCCCGGAGGCCGCGCCGAAGAACCCAGCCCGGGCCGGGGCGGCCCUCCCGGAUCCCCGCGGCUCUCCCGGGGCCUGGGACGAGGAGAGCGAGAGCGUCCGGCUACCAGAAAUAAAAAAUAACUUAGAAGAAAACAUUCCCAAGAAAAAAGUAUCAAAAGCUCGUUAUAAUGCAUCUUUGUGUUAUUACACUCGAAAAUUUAUGGACCUUCUCAAAUCUGCACCUGGUGGUGUUCUUCAUUUAAAAGAGGUUGCUGCAGUAUUAGGAGUAGGGAAACGAAGAGUAUAUGACAUCACCAAUGUAUUACAUGGAAUUGAACUCAUUCAGAAAAGGUCUAAGAACUGUAUUCAGUGGAUAGGAUCUGACCUCAGCAGUAUUGAUGGAAAGAUAGCACAGCAAAAGAAGCUAAGGGAUGAACUUUCUAAUUUAUCAGCAAUGGAAGAUACUUUGGAUGAGUUAAAUAAAAUCUGUGCUCACCAGUUAUUUGAAUUAACAGAUGACAAAGAAAAUGCCAAGCUAGCUUAUGUGACCUAUGAAGAUAUCCAUAGCCUUCAGGUGUUCCAUGAGCAGAUUGUUAUUGCAGUCAAAGCUCCAGAAGAAACCAAAUUGAAUGUUCCACCUCCCAAAGAAGACUCUAUAACAGUACAUAUUAAAAGCACAAAAGGACCCAUUGAUGUGUAUUUAUGUGAAAUGAAGCAGGAUGGUGCAACUGACAACUUGUAUGAAGACAUGGAACCUUAAUUUUUUGAAAACAAGUGUACAGUAUACAUCAAUAAAGAAGGAAACUGUAUAGCAGUUUGAGUCAAAUAGGAAGGCACCUGAACAACCUUGAACAGGUAAACUCCAGGAACAUUUGAGUGGAUUCACUUGGCAAGUUUGUUUGAACACAAGAGACGGUUAAGUUCACAUUUCCAGUUUCAAAUUCAGUGCAAUAAUUUGCCCAUGGUGGAUUCCUAUGCCUAGCUGAUGUCAACAUUAAGGCCAAGCCAUGUCUUAAAUGGGUCACUUGUAUGCACUAUUAUCAGCCUAUUGAUUUUUUUCUUGUGGAAAAUUGCUCAGUUUGUAAAUAUUUGUGAAAAUUCAACUUAGUAGUGAAGUGAUUUAAGUAGUGGUGCUGCUAAAUUGCAGUAUAUUUCCCACCAAAAUAAAUGAAUAAAAACAAUACUUU